GGCUGGCGGCGGGCCGAGGGGUGGGGACGCCGGCCGGGCCGGGGGCUUGCAGAGCCAUGAACGGGGCAGGGUCGGGCCCUCGCCGGCGGGCGCGAGUGUCCCGCCUCGUCUCCUUCAGCGCGACCCACCGCCUGCACAGCAAAUCUCUUAGUAAUGAAGAAAACUUGAAAUUAUUUGGGAAGUGCAACAACCCAAAUGGCCAUGGGCACAAUUAUAAAGUUGUGGUGACAGUACAUGGAGAGAUUGAUCCUGUUACAGGAAUGGUCAUGAAUUUGACGGACCUCAAGGAGUGUAUGGAGGAGGCGAUUAUGAAGCCCCUUGAUCAUAAGAAUCUGGAUCUAGAUGUGCCGUAUUUUGCAGACAUUGUAAGCACAACAGAAAAUGUAGCCGUAUAUAUCUGGGAAAACCUCCAGAAAUUUCUUCCUGUGGGAGUUCUUUAUAAAGUAAAAGUAUAUGAAACUGACAAUAAUAUUGUAGUCUAUAAAGGAGAAUAACUCUUAGAGAUUAAUUUCCAUCCAUAUUUGAAGAUCUUUAUCCCCUUGAACAAUUAAGAAGUCAUCACCUAACUGUUGCACUUCCACAUUGUGUUCUGGAAUCACUGUGAGUGAGUCCUGUUCUAGACUCAAAUCUAAUUUAAAACCAAGUUUGUAAUGUAUUCUGAGUAUCAUUUAAAGAGUUGUUCAUCUGUAGAUUAAAAUCACUUCAGCAAAAAAAAAAAAAA